UGGGUUAGACCACGCUCACCAGCGCCCACGAAUCGAUGCACUGCGAUGCCCGUCGUCGUAUGACAUAUCUAGAUAAUUGUGCGUUGUGACGAAAAAUUAUAUUUGAUAAUCUGAUGCGUUGAGGAAGCGUAAAUUUUAAAAAUAAAUGACGAUUUACAUGGUUGAGCAAUGGGCUUCGUUGAAUUUUAAGCAACAUUCGUGACGCACGAAUAACAACAUCGUUCGUUCCGGAAGUACUGGAGUUUCUGGAACAACGUUCAUCCACGGUCGUUUAGCGAUCCGUAAUAGAAUCAGUAGAAUCCGAACGACGAUUUGAGAAAAAUCGUUGAGAUGGCCGGCAAGCAAUCGUAUAGUAUUGUGGAAUAUUAUGCGGAACACGAGGGUUAUCGGUGCGGCUACUGCAAGAACCCCAACACGAACUUCAGUCAUGGUAUGUGGGCACACUCGUUGACAGUGCAGGAUUAUCAAAGCUUGAUAGACAGAGGCUGGAGGCGGAGUGGUUGCUACUGUUACAAACCCACGAUGAACCUGACUUGCUGUCCACAGUAUACUAUCAAAUGUGAGGUGUUAAAUUUUAGAAUUUCAAAGUCUCAGAAAAAGAUCCUAAAGCGCAUGACUAAAUUUUUAAAAAAUGAAUUGACGAGUGACAAUUCUGAGGGAACGAGUGAAGAUCAACAAGAUAACAGAGAUAUAAGCAAUGAAGAAGCAUUAAAUUAUCCUAAACAUCUGAUAAAAGCGCAGAAAGAUAAAUCUCAAAUUAAUGUUUUGUCUGUUGAUGAUGAAGUUAGUGGAAGAUUGUCCAUCAAGCCAGUAAAAAUGGAAACUCAAAAAAAUUCUACUUCGAGUAGCAGUCGAGCACAGCUAACAAAUUCCAACAGCAAAAAUGCCUUGCAUGUUAGAAGUGAAAUCGGUGAUGUGGUACCUUGCAAAAAAGCCAAAUUUUUACGUAUAGAACGUAAGAAAAAUAAGUUGUUGGCUCAAGGUAAAUCACAGAGUGAAAUUGAGAGCAUUAUGAAAGAAAAGAAACAACAGAAUUGUGUUAAAAAGGAAAUGGAAGAAAUAUUCGAGGAGGUAUAUACUGGGACAAGAAAAUUAGAGUUGAAACUGGUUCGAACUGCGCCGAUGAGCUCCGAAUACUUAAAGACUUCGAAAGAGUCUUAUGAGCUUUACAAAAAAUAUCAGAACACGAUACAUGGAGUAUCGAUUGAGAAACUUACAGAGCAACAGUACACGAGAUUUCUUGUGAAGUCGCCUCUGCAGAUUAAAUUGGUGAGAGUGUUGUCGGACGAGUUCGUAAACACUCUCGAGACAAGCGCGGGUCUUUAUCAAAAGUAUCAAAUGGCGAUUCACGGCGAUACACCAGAUCAAUGCGAUCAAAAGUCAUUCUUCAACUUUCUUGUAAGGAGUCCCUUGCAGCAAUGGAAACCCGAUAAUGGACCAUCUUAUGGAUACGGUUCUUUUCACGAGCAGUAUUGGUUGGAUAAUGAAUUAAUAGCGGUUGGAGUGAUAGACAUUCUGCCGUCGUGCAUCUCGAGUGUGUACUUUUUUUAUGACCCGGCAUAUAGUCAACUCUCCCUUGGAACUUUUAGUUCUCUUCGAGAGGUUUAUCUAACGAGACAGCUCAAUAAAGUUACGAGUAAUCUAAAAUAUUAUUAUAUGGGCUUUUACAUUCACACGUGUCCAAAGAUGCGAUAUAAAGCCAGAAUGCAGCCGUCCAAACUUCUAUGCCCGGAGACAUAUGUAUGGUGCGACAUCGAACCCUGCCUAGCCAAAUUGAACAACGAAAAGUAUAGUCGUCUGAAUGAUGAUAUCAACGCCAUCGACGAAAAUGGUGUAGUCAACGUUGAAGAGAUAUUGAUACUAUAUAAAAAUAUUGCCAUGCCUUAUAAGAGAUACAAAACACAAACGUGGCAAACGUACCAGAUGGCGCAUGAGAAACGCGAGGUGGAAGAAUAUGCCAAGCUUGUUGGAAUGCCAUGCGCGCGAAGGAUGCUGCUCUAUCGCUCUUCUUAAAGAAUAAUUAUUUAACAUUUAGAAUCGAUGACCAAUUUUUUAUCUCAAGGAUCAUCGUGCGGGAGCACACUUGUGUGGCUUCAGAAAUUAAUUGCUAACUAUAUUGAUGUACAAAGAAAUGAAUUGAAUUCGUUAUUCUUAGAAGAUUAUUGAUUGGGUGUUGUGGAGUAAUAAUCUGUGAUGCAAGCGAUUAAAUAUUAUAAUCAUAUAAUGUAAGAUGCGCGUAAUAAAUUAUGUGCAUUGCUCUUUACCGUCCAUGAGCAACUUUAUCGAAAAACAUUUAGAAAAAAAUAA